CUAAAAAAUUUCUCCUCAUACCAACUACACAAUAUUAUAUUCUAACAACCCAACAACCUAGAAAAAUUCAUUUAUCAUUACAGUGUGUGUUGAGAUUCAUUUACCAGUCCUCUUCCAUGGAUCCAAAUCUGUACCUCGCGGCCAUGAAGGGGGACUUGGAUUUCCUUCGAACUUUUCAAGAGACAUCAAAUAAUAAUCUUGAGUCCCAACUAACCCCAUCUCAAGACACAGUUCUUCACGUCGCCACAGAAUUCCACCAGGCCGAGUUUGCAACUGCCGCCUCCAACGACUGUCCACCGCUGCUGUGGCAGGUCAACUCCUCGGGCGACACAGCCCUCCAUAUCGCAGCGAGAGAACUGCGUGAUGACCUGGUCACGCACUUCAUUGCCUGCGCACGGAAGGCCGACGAGGGAACGGGAGAGUCCAAGCACCUCGAAGAGCUGGUGAGAAGAGUGAAUUUGAAGAAAGACACGGCCUUGCACUGUGCUGCGAGGAGUGGAUGUUUUAAAUCUGUGAGGCGGCUGGCGAAAGCAGAUCCUGAAGUUUGUAGCUUUGUGAAUAGUGCUGAUGAAUCUCCCAUUUAUGUUGGCGUUGCCUCUCGAUUUUGGGGUAUCCAUCGGCAUAUUAUAAAAUACGCAUCAUCCUCAGCACUCUACAAGGGACCCAGAGGCCUCACAGCAUUGCAUCAAAUACUGACGUUCAACAUAUGUCCACUAGAAAAGAUUGAGAUUCUGGUGAAAUGGAGGCCAGAAAUGAUAAGAGAAGGUGACGAUUUAGGAAUGACCCCUCUUCACUAUGCUGCUCUUCAUGGGAAAAUUGAUGCAAUUAAGUUGUUUMUUCAAUACGAUAGCUCUGCGAUCUACCUGUUGACCAAUAAUGGGGAGUCUGCUCUCCAUAUUGCUGCUUUUCAAGGCUAUACCAACGCAUUAAAAGAGCUCAUAAAUUGUCGUCCUGAUUGCUACAAUUUAAUCGACAACAAGGGUCGAACACCCCUUCAUGCUGCAGUUUUAGGCAAUCGACUAUAUUCUGUAGAGUUCAUAUUGAAAACACCAACGCUUGAAAGGUUAAUAAACAAGCAAGAUUGUGAUGGCAACACAGCUUUGCAUUUGGCUGCCCUCCACAAGUUUUAUGAUGCCAUUGAAGUUAUUACCAACCAUAAAAUAGCGACUUGGCAAAUUGCCAACAAUGAAUUCUUGACGCCUUUCGAUGUUUAUAAAAAACAUGACGAGGAAGGAUUAAGGGCGGCAGUAGCUUGUUACAAUCUAAAGAAUUGCAAGGGUCCAAUGGUAAUGCACCAAUAUGCUAACACACAACUAGAAAAGAUGAACAAAGAAGCUGAAAAUGCGACAGAGGAGGAGACAUCAACAAACAACAACAAAGACAGCAAAAAAUCAGAUAAAAGUUCAGAUUUUGGACUAGAAACUGCAUUGGAAGUGAACCUAUUGGUGGCAAUGCUGGUGGCCACAGUAACCUUCGCUGCUGGAUUCACAGUGCCGGGUGGGUUUAUCAGCAGCGGAGAACAGGWAGGGCUCGCCAUUCUCACCAAGAAACCAUCUUUCGUGGUGUUUACCGUUUCCAACAGUUUUGCAUUUUGCUGCUCGGUUUUUGCAGUGCUUCUCCAGUUCCACACCACGAUCACCCGUCACGAAGCUCGUGUUCGGUACAAGGGGGUUGCAGCAUCUUCCACCACUGCUGCCAUUCUUGCGAUGGUGUUGGCAUUUUGCUCCGGCAGUUACGUUGUGCUCACAAAAUCAACCCCACUCUCUGUCACUCCUUACAUUAUGACUGCUUUCUUUAUGGUUUUAUACAUUGCCCUUCCCGUGGCUGACCCUGGGGUUGAUGGCAUUCGAUCCCUUGGUGGGGUUCAAAGAUUCAUACGUCGUAUUGUAAUUCGACAUGUAAGAUGCUAAGCAAUGUCCAACAUAUGUCUUUGUUGAAUGAUACUCUUAACAAAAUUCGUCGUGUGUUCUCUCAAGAUGGACUCACCAAUCUUGGCACACCUGUGGACAAGAUGAUGGCACGAGAUUGUUGUACUUUGUUGGAUAUUAUUUCACAUGUGCGAAGGCCCAACACUUUUAGACCCAAAUGGGCCAUUAUGUUUA